GCCAAUUCGCGCUGUGCUUAGUCGCUGUGCGUUGCCGCUCACAUCUCCUCGGCGGAGUCGAUCCCCAAGCAGUAAGAUUCAAUUACGACAAGCCAUUAAGACCAGUAGUGCAGAGUUGCGUCUAGUGUCUUUGAAGGUCACCGGACUGGCAUCUGCGUCACUGGUCACUGGUCGCAGAUGAUCGUCUCUUCUACACGAUCAACAGCGAAGCUUCGAGUGCCUGAAUUUUUCAUCUUCCUUCAUUCCUCUUCAUGUCAUCUCCCUUUAGCACCGGCUGCGCGGGGUACUCGCCGCGUUAAUUCUGUGAGUUUGCAGCUCUUUGCAACUCAGGUUGCUCCCCCACUUGUACUGCGAAAUAGGCGGAUUGCAACUUAGCACUCUCUGCAAUAUUUCUCUCUCUCUCUCUCUCUCUCUCUCUCUCCUCUUUUCCUCUUUAUCCUCUCUAUCUCGCCUGAUUAGAGAUUGCAAACUCUCCACAGCCAAUACACUCUUUGCCUGUCAUGGAGAGUGACUUGGUGGCCCAGUUCGCCGAAAUUACUGGGGCGACGCCCGAGCUGGCGACACAGUACCUGCAGCUCGCCGACUUCGACAUCGAACAGUCCAUGCAGCUAUUCUUCGAAAACGGUGGCGCUCCCUUGACCGAAGAGCCUACACAACCACCACCACCACCACCCCGCACUCGCUUCGAGGAUGAAGCCGGCGUCGUUCAUAUAGACUCGGACACAGAUGACGAGAACCCCUCUGCCCCCCGCCAGUCUGCCACACAUACCACUGGAGGAUCUACGUUUGAAGAUGAUGCUGCCAUGGCCCGUCGCCUACAAGAGGAAAUGUAUGGGGCUGGUGCUGGUGCUGGUGCUGGUGGUUUUGGUGGGAAUGAUGAGGAUGUGCGGGCGCCCAUGGCGCGUACGACCGAGACACUGGUGGGGCCUGGGCUUGAUUUUGACGACGAGGAGGAUAUGCACACCAACAUUCUCAGUCAACUGCGGGCUCGUCAACGAGGUGGUUCUGGUCGUGCGGGCAUCUUCAAUCAGAGAUCUGCACCAUCAAUAUGGGCCGGCGAUUCUGCAGAGACACAUCAGGAACGCCUAUCAAGGGCUACGGGAGGUGCGUCGGAGGCAUCGUCCAAGUCAAAUAUGCUCGCCGAAAUGUACCGACCUCCAUUUGAGAUCAUGUCUCGAGUCCCUUGGGACGUGGCCCGUGAGGAAGGCCGGGAGAAUGAGAAGUGGCUCUUGGUCAAUGUACAAGACACUUCAAUUUUUGACUGUCAAGUUCUGAAUCGUGAUCUCUGGAAGGACAAGACUGUCCAAGAAACAGUGAGAGAGCAUUUCAUUUUCCUGCAGUUCUCAAAGGAUGACCCCAAAGCCGCGCCGUACCUCCAAUAUUACUUCCAAGCAAGCGACGUUUCCGACAACUACCCCCACAUUGCCAUUGUCGACCCCCGAACUGGCGAACAAAUGAAAGUGUGGUCCGGGCCACCAGUCAUCAAGCCUGCAGAGUUCCUAAUGCAGCUCCACGAGUUCCUGGAUCGGUAUAGUCUGAACCAUAAUGUGCGCAACCCCGUUGCGAAACGUAAGUCUGAGAAGAAGGAGAAGACCGUGGACGCAAUGACGGAAGAGGAAAUGAUGGAGAUGGCAAUCAAUAACAGUUUAGGGGGAGGUAUUGCGGCUGGGCCGAAGCUGGAAGAUCCCGACGAUUUGACCCGAAGUACCGAAGAUGUCAAGGGCAAGGGUCGGGCUACUAAUGUUCACGACGAUGAUGCCAUGGCCGAGACGUAUCCUGAGGAUGUCGAAGAAGUGGAAGUGUCUCCGUUCUCGUCCAUUCCCAGCAACCGACCUCACGCUGAGCCCGCAGCCGACCCUGCCACUACUACCCGCAUUCAAUUUCGCCAUCCCUCGGGUCGUGUGAUUCGACGCUUUGCUCUCUCAGAUCCAGUCCAACGUAUCUACGAAUGGCUCAAGGCGGACCCGCCUCUGGAAGACAAGGCUGGUGUCGAAUUUGAGCUGAAUGCUAUGGGACAAAAUCUCAUAGACAGCCUCACUACCAGUAUCCAGGAUGCGGGACUGAAGAAUGGAACGGUCAUGAUUGGCUACCUGGAAGACUGAACAAGCUUCUCGCCUCUCGCUUCUGGCUUCAGUGCCAUCCAAGCCCCAAGUUUGACUCUUUUUACUGGGCAUUCGGACACCACACUGGCAGUCGUUCUUCAACCAGAGCUCGCAGCCAAACCCCCCUGCUCCAUGCAAGAAUACAUGAGACAUGAGACUUCCCAUCUUCCUGGAUAGUCGGUCAUACGAAACGAUCUAUUAGAACCCUUUUUGCCUGACUAUGCUAUGAUUUAUCCGGUCUUAGAAUUCAACAAUCUUAUGAACCAACCACCAUUAGCCUGAAUUGUAGAGUCUGAUGUAAGAAAUGACUUGAA